GGGAAAUGAACCACGUUGUCAAACUGUGGAGGUGUUCUGCCAGUCUGUCUAUUUGUCACAGUGUGGACUUUAACAGGAGGGAUAUUUGCAUCUCUUCCACUUUGAUUCUGAUCACCCUGCAGGCCUCGUCACAAUGACCAGGACGACUGGUUAUUGGCUGAUCAAAUAGUGUUUUGAAGUUUCAUUUGUGGAUUGGUAUCCUCACGUAGCUAGUUCGUUUCGGUCGUGUACGGUAGUGCCAUCGAUAGGCAGCAGGCCAUCCCUCCCGAACUGCAGCGGGGUAAUCUGCAGUGCGUACUCUCUGCUUUCCUUUUUCGGAAAUGCAGAGAAUCUCCUUAUUCCGAGCGUGUUGUUGACAGGUCCAAAAGGUGAAAGUACGCAAUAUCAUGCAUGCAUUGUUUAGACUUGUGUUUAUUUUCCCCUGGUUCCACUUGGUAUAGGUUGGGUUGGUUUUGUGAUCAACCCAGAAGAAGCUGCAGCUCAUUUGUGAUGACCAAGUGCUAAAUUUGGGCCAGUACUGGCAACCAAUGAUUGCAUGAUAUUGUUCUAUCCUCUCUGCAUGUUUUUUUCUCUCUCUUGUUUUCGAUGAAGUGUACCAACCAGUUGCAAAACUUCCAGUUUGAACGAGGUACUGUGUCGAAGCUGGGCCACCUAAGGAAGUAAUGACCACCUAAGGGACUUCACUGGUACUUUGGGUAAGCGUCUCAGACAGACUGUGGAAGCAACAUCAACCUUGUCUUGGUAGGCACGGACACUGCUGAGAAAUGUUGAUUGUGUCCACAGGCCGGGUGAUGUUUUCACACCUCCAGCAGGGCUUCAUGGAGCAUGUCAGAGAGGCAGCACUGCUAUCUUUGCCAGCAUAUCUCAUCGAUAUUUUUUGGUGAGGGACCAGGCCAGACUUGAUCGUAGUCUGGCAAACGUCUGCUGACGUGUUAGAGAAGCUUUGAGGUUGUGAGUGGAUCUUCAACUUGUAGUCAGGCAAGCGGCAGGUAAAAUGUUCAGCCCUCCGGACUCCGCGGCGGAGAUGACAAUGCAGGCAGUGGAGGCUUUCAAGAGAUCGCGGAUGAUUGAAGGAGCCACGUCAGACGACCAUGAUGUCACUCCAGUGUAUAAGCUGGAGGAAAUCUCUGAGUUGUUACGCACGUCGCCAGGGGACGUUGUUGGGGAAAUCACUGAUCAUUUGAUGAAAAGACUGGAUCACAAAUCGCCUGUCGUGAAGCAGAAGGUCUUAAGGGUGAUGAAGUUUGUGGUGGGAAAGGGAGGUCCUGAAUUGAAGAUCGAAAUCCAGCGGCAUUCAGCAACCAUUCGCAGUCUGUGUCACUACAGGGGGAAUCCAGAUCCUCUUCGUGGGGAUGCUCUGAAUAAGGCUGUGAGGGAUGCUGCUCAUGAUGCUAUCCAGGCAAUGUUUACAGAAGCACAGAAAGGUGGUGGGUCACUGGACGGAGGGAGUGGUUUGGGGAAGCGUCUACAGGGGUUUGGAAGUGCAGGGGAGGGGAUAGGAAUAGGGGGAGGAAUUGGUGAUCAAGGUGGACUGUCUGGAAUGAUAGGUUUGGGGAGCUCAUCAUUACGUUCAGGCCUGGAGAUCGCAGCAGAAGUGGCGAGCAACAUCGCAUCAACUUACCAAACGGGGGUGAGGAGGCCGUUGUCAUCUAGAAGUGCAGAUGAAACAAAACGGUUUCAGCCUGCUUCGUCUUCGUCGUCGAGCUCGGCAGUGGGAACAACGGGAGGGGUCGGGGUAGGAUAUGCAGGGGGAGCUGCAGGCGGACAGGGGAGCAGGGUAGCCGGGGCUGCUAUUUUGGGAUCGGGCGGAUGGCCCUCCUUGGCGGUAAACAGUGGAGACGUGAGCAGGGGUCUGAAGAUAGAAGAUAGAGGAGGAGGGGCUAUGGAUGAUGAUAGACGGAUUGGGACGAUAGACAGGAGCGAGAAGGUAGUAGGUGGAGGAGGCAGAGGAGGAGGAGGUAGUGUCAUUGGAGGCAGCGGCGGUGCGGCAGGUUCUGGUGGUGGCUUGAGAAGCGAGCAUGUUUACUCACGUCAGCAGACGGAAUCUCUCAAGCAAAUCGAGGAGUUGACAGAUUCUGACAUUCAGAAGCUCACGCGGGAGGAGUGUCAAACAUAUUUGAUGGGUAUUCGACGAGCUCCCAACUCAACGAGUGGAGGUGGGAGCGUAGGGGGAGGGGGUUGGACAUCCUUGGAAGAGCUGACUGAUGCAACCCUGAAGCAGAGAGUGCGUGAGGAGAGGCGGUUUAAUCACCAUGCGAAGGAGAAGCCAGCUGUCAAAGAUCGACCACUUGAGGAACUCACAGAUGCCGACAUCAAGGAACUGACGCGUGAGGAGUGUAGGAGGUACUUGAAGGAGAAGGGUAUGCGCAAGCCCUCGUGGAACAAGGCGCAGGCAAUGCAACAGCUACUCUCUCUCAAGGGGUUGUUGCCAAUAGCCUCAAGUGGUGGGAGCAUCUGCAUACCGCCACCCCGGAUGGCCAACAACAACGCGUCACAAGGAGCAAGCAAUGGCAAGACAGCGGGGGAUGUCCGGUCUUCAGGUGGCCAGGGCGGAGCGGUGCUGCCACCAUUCCCCACCCUCCCAGCAAACUUCUCGCCGCCUAUCUUCUUCCCUGUGCCCUGUGUGGAAAGCUCAUCAAUGGGGGUUGGAGGAGGAGGGGGAGGAGGGGCCAGCGGUGGGGGUUCAGAAAGAGGUGGUGGAAUUUAUGCAGGCACUCAAGUGAUGAGUGAGCGGCAGACUGCCACGCUAUUGCCUAAUGUACGGGUUCAGAGAGCAUCUCCGGAUCGAGGCGGUGGCGGAUGCACAGUCCCUUCUCCGCCGUCUCGAGAUGGUAGACCGACUUCAUCGCUCUCGAUGGAAGCUGGUGGUGGCGCCAGCGGGGGGACGUGUGGAGGAGGGGUAGGAGGCCUGGGGGUGAAUGUAGGCGGCGGGGGGGGGGGGAUUGGAGAAACGGGAGUGAGAGAACCGUUCUCAAUCAUGGAUGAAACCGUGGCUGCAACCAACCGGCCUCGGUCGUUGGCCCAACGGUUCCCGCUGCCCAGUCUUAAUGCUUUGCCUGGUGACUCGAUGGAUACGGAUGACGCAUCGCUAAGCUUGUCUAUGAGAGUAGCGGAUUGUGCCAGUUCUCGUAGCCAGUGAUACCAUGUCUAUCUGUCAUCUCACCCUAUUCUCAGUUCCUCCCUCCCUGCCCCUCUCUCAAUCACUCACACAUAGAUUGAACCACUCUCCCUCUCCGUCUUCUAGAGUAUUUGCGUUGGACAUGCCUGCCCUCUUGGUCGAUGUUACUGUAAUGCAGACAUUGUCUUCCUUGCCUCCUGUUUGCAACCUGAUCUCACCUUUUGUGUUUGUUAUAUAAUCUCUCUUGAUUCUCAUGUGCGGUGAGAUUCACUCAUCAUCAUCUCCCCUUGUUCUACGUGAGUUCUUUCCCUUUUCUUUUCCUUGUUCUACCUGUUCCUUAGUUACUUGUAGGUAUUAUACAUUGGUGUAGAUAUAGGGAUGGGGCAUAGUGCAGAGCUUUUCUCUCCUCGUGCCGCGUAUUUAUGGCAGGAGGGCAAGCAAGCAUAUCUUCACAACAAUACAUUUGUCCUUGGCCACAGGUGUAGUUACUGGCUGACUUUGGGGUUCACCCAUCCCACUGGCCUUUCCAUUGCGCAAUCCGGCCGCGGUGUUGCAAAGUUCGGUGUCUUUUGGUGUGAAAGGAGAACUGCUGUUCUCCUGGGAUCGCAGUCGAUUCGUUGGACCUUUGCAGAAAUUUUACAAGGUGGGCCGUAAGGGAGGGCUGUGUGUGGAUCCAUUGAUCUGUUGGAGGGAAUGCCGUGGAACGUUUCUUUGGAGAUCAGACAUCUGUCUGACAGAUUGUGUUUUUCUCUUUUGGAGAAUUUCAUGAAAUCAGAAAUAAAUAAUGAAACGGCGCAUAUGCA